AUGUACUUAAAUGAACUUGGUAUUACAUUAAUGACUCCAAGAGUAUCCUCAAAACAAACUUUAAGAAAUAACCCCCCUUCAUCAGGUCCAGAAGAUUACUACAGAAAAUCUAUUUAUAUACCAUAUUUAGAUUCACUGAUCACAUCUUUAAAUGAAAGGUUCCCAGAGGAUAAUUCAAAAUAUGAGAUCAUUUCAGUUCAUCCUAAGUACUUAAAACAAACAAAAAAAGAAGAAUUUAUCAUACAACUCCAAAAUCUAAAAUCAUUUUAUGGAGAAUUCAUUGAGAAUAUUGAAGAAGAAGGCCUAGUAUGGUACAAUAUGUGGAAAGAAAAAAAUGAUGACAAUAUGGAUUUUCUGAAGUUAUUAGAUGAAGUCACAUUUCUACCUUCAAUAAAAAAAUGUCUUUUAAUAGCAGCUACACUUCCAUCUACUACAUGUAGCGUUGAAAGGUCUUUUAGCUCGCUUAAAAGACUUAAAACAUGGCUUCGUAGUACUGUUACUGAGAAUCGCUUAAAUGGCUUGGCAUUGAUGAAUAUCUACAAAACUUAUGUACAAGCUCAAAAAUCCAACAUUAUAGAGGAAACGAUAAAAUUAUUUGCCAUGGAGCCUAGGCGCAUGCAAUUUUUAUUUAAUGACAAUUAAUAAUCUUAAUAUUUUUAUAAAAUUAGAUACCUAGGUUAAUAAUAAACAAUAUAAUAAUUUAUAAGAUUUUUUUUUUUUUUCAGUGCUCUUGAUGUCUCAUAUAAUAUUUUGAUGAUACCUACGUCCUACAGUUAAUCAUAUUAUGGUGUCAUCUGCAGUUUGUAAUGAAUCUAUAAAAUACUAUACCUAAUAAUAUGUUAUGGCUAUGUAUAAUAUAAACUUUACCCCCCCCCCCCCGGUGAAAAUUUCUGCGGGCGCCCUUGUGUGCAUAUAAUAGAAUUUAAUUGAAAAAUCUAUAAUACAUCUGAAUUAUUGAAGCGGACAACA